GAGACUGACUUCAGGCUUGAAACAUUCUCACAUAUCAGCAGAAGAAGCACGACGGAGCUGAGAACAAGAGAAACACUUGAAAUACUUCCAGAAACUUUCAUACACGCCGUGUGGAUUUACAUGUCAGGCUGUGACAAUACUACGUCCAACGAAUAGUUGCUUUUCUUUGGAAGGGCUGACGUGACGUGACGCUGAUCUGCAUCACAUCGCAGGUGAUUAUGCCUCCCACAACCCCGCCAUACGCUGGAAAGUUCAGCACUUGUGGCCUUUACAGCAAUAACAACAACUACCCACAGCCUCACAGCCCUUAUCAUCACAGCACCUGUGCAAAGCCCACCAAGGAAAACAAGGUCUACAAGGGUGCCUUCCCUGUGGCGGAGAACCCGUACGACAUACCGCAGGCUCACAGCACGUAUUGUGGCGUACAUAUGGACUCUGUGAGCAUGAAGGAGCAUCAUUACAACAGCAGGGGUUCUGCUCUGGACAACUUGUACGCCAGCGUGCAGCCUCACAGCACUUCCUGUCCCGCACGCAUGCACCGGCAAACCAGCAACAACAGCAGCGGCAGCGAGCAAUCCUGUCGGAGCAACCCCGCCGCAAAAAGUCGGCUUUACGGACACGGCGUCACUGCUAGUUAUGGGGAAAUGUGUUACCAUGACAACAGUUUGGUUUCAGCAUCUCUUGAGGCGCUGAUCCAGCAUUUGGUUCCUACAGUAGAUUACUACCCCGAUCGAUCCUACGUCUUUACCUUCCUGCUGAGUUCACGCCUCUUCCUGCACCCCUACGAGCUUAUGACACGAGUGUGUCACCUAUGUGUGGAGCAGCAGCGCUGUGGAGACGCCCUGCUGGACAAGAUACGUUUCUGUGAAGUGGCGCCAAAGCUGGUUCAGCUGCUGACCGAAUGGACAGAGACCUUCCCGUAUGACUUCCGGGAUGAGCGGAUGAUGCGUUGCCUCAAGGACAUGACGCACCAUGUGGCCAGAGGAGACGAGUAUUCAUGGCGAGCCAUGCAGCAGAUGACCCAGCGCCUCAUCAAACGCCUGUCGGCUCUGGGCCAAUACGAAGAGGCGACAGCUGCGCUAAACUCUGUGGCGUCUGAGCGUCCCGCCUCCCUGAAGAGCAAGCGGGAAUCUGCGCAAAGAAUGGACAUAUUUGGCGUCUGCGAUGACCCCUUCGUCCUCGCCCAGCAGCUCACGCACAUUGAACUAGACAGGCUGAGUUUUAUAGGGCCUGAGGAAUUCAUUCAGACAUUCGCCAUGAAGGACCCUCUGGAGAACCACAAGGGUUUCUUUCGGAAGCGUAAAACCAGUAACCUGGAGGCUUAUGUGAACUGGUUCAACAGACUGAGUUUCCUCGUGGCCACAGAAAUCUGUAUGCCAAUGAAGAAGAAACAGCGAGCGCGGAUCAUCGAGUUCUUCAUCGAUGUGGCUCAGGAGUGUUUCAACAUUGGCAAUUUCAACUCCCUGAUGGCCAUCAUCACUGGGAUGAACAUGAGUCCUGUUGCCAGGCUGAAAAAGACCUGGAAUAAAGUCAACACUGACAAGUUUGAAAUCCUGGAGCACCAGAUGGACCCGUCCAGUAACUUCAGUAACUAUCGCACGGCGCUCCGCGGUGCCACUCAGAGGUCGGAGACGGCACACAGCAGUGAGGAGAAGAUUGUCAUUCCUUUCUUCAGUCUCCUCAUCAAAGACAUCUACUUCCUGAAUGAAGGCUGUGCCAGCAGGCUGUCCAAUGGACACAUCAACUUUGAGAAACUGUGGGAUCUGGCAAAGCAAGUGAGUGAGUUCCUGGUUUGGCGGCAGGUGAUCUGCCCGUUUGAUCGAGAUCGCAGAAUUCUUCAGUACGUCGUCACCACGCCAGUCUUCUCUGAAGACGAGCUCCAUCUGGCGUCUUACGAGAGCGAAGGACCAGAGAACAACAUGGAGAAGGACAGUCGUCGUUCUCUCCGAUCUUCUCUUCUGCAUCGAGAGAAUCGGUGAUGUGGACAAUGUCUUCUACUGGUGUCAAUCAACUUUCUUCUCAGCCCAACAACACAACGGAGACCAGCUGCUUCCAGGAAGUGGAAGUCUUGAGCGCUUCAUUUUUAACGACAUCAGUUGAAAAUGUCAGCAUGAAUUACUUCUCCAAAUACUUCUUAGUGCACUUUCACCCUGUUGUGGUGACGUCAUGCCAGCUAAACCACGCACUUCCUCUUGUCUCCUGGGAGCAUCUUCCUACAUAUCAACAAUGAAGGCUUUUCUUCUUUAUGUAUAUAAACAUGUUUUGUAAAGUAUGUUCAAUCUUUCCUGUGUAUUUUGUGUCUAUGGGUACUUUUCCUGAAUCCUUUGUGAAAACAGAGUUAUAUAUUUUUUUCUCUCAAAUAAAGUGAAAAAAACAA